AUGGUGAAAACUGGUGUUUUAGAAGAAGUCACCGGACCAAUCGAGUGGGCUUCACCCAUUCAUGUCGCACCGAAGAGAGAUCCUGAUGGCAAUCUGACAGACUUUCGUCUAUGCGGAGAUUUCAGAAGACUGAAUUCAAUUACGGAUCUUGAUCGCUAUCCUCUUCCUUCUAUUAACGACGUUAAUGCAAACAUGUUGGGGGCCGAAAUCUUCUCCAAAAUAGAUCUCAAAACGGCUUUCCACCAGGUUGAGGUUUGGAAACAACACCGGAAGAAGACAGCAAUCAACACCCCGUACGGCGUUUUUCAGUUCCGAAGGAUGCCUUUCGGACUGAAAAACGCCGCACAAUUGUUUCAGAGGAAUGUUCACCUCAUCUUCAAAGAUUUCACAUUCCUUUUCAUCUACAUGGAUGAUCUCGUCAUUUUUAGUAAGUCGUUGGAGGAGCACCUGGGUCAUCUUCAAAUCGUCCUUAGUAAACUUGAAGAAAAUUGCUUACGCGUAAAUCCUGCCAAAUGCGAAUUAUGCAAGCUCGACAUCAAGUACCUUGGUCACAAAAUCUCAGCAGAAGGAAUCUCGAUCACCGACGACAGAGUUGAAGCAAUCCGGAACUUUAGCCGCCCGUCAUCGAAGAAAGACCUCGAACGCUUCUUAGGCGUGUUUGCCUUUAUCCAUAGAUUUGUGCCGAACGCGUCGGGCUUGUCUGCUGAGCUUCACCAGUUACGAACGAAGAAUUUGGCGGGAAAAUUCAAAUGGGAUGAAUCGUCAGAAAAAGCCUUUAUUGCAAUUAAAAAUGCAAUUUCAGUUACAACUACGUUAUCCCAUCCAAGCAAUACUGCCAAGACGGAGUUGUGGACAGACGCGUCCGAGAAAGCUGUUGGAGCCGUUCUGGUACAAUGGCAAAGAGAAACUUGGAGACCGUUGGCGUUUUGGAGUAAGGCGUUGAAUCGGGCACAACGUGCGUAUUCAGCGUUCGACAAGGAGCUGUUGGCCUUGUCCGCAGCAGUCAAGCACUUUCGCUUCUUCCUUGAAUCUUGGCCAGUAGCCUUACGUACGGAUCACAAACCUUUAAUUUCCGCUCUGGAGUGA